AUGGCCCCUCAGAGAUAUGAAGCGGUGAACUCGCAUGACGACGAUGUUGACUCUCCUCUCUCCCCCGAUCGUUCCCAGGGCAUCCCUUCCUCGCCUCCUCCCUCCUUCCGAUCCCGAGCGUCAUCACCCACGUCGCGCCGCUUACUAGCCCAAGAUCCCCUAUCUAGCGAAGCGGAUCAAGACCUCGCAGAUACUUUUGAUGAUGGCGAGGAGUCAGAUGCCGAAAAUGAUGGUGACGAUAGACAACGAUUGAUGAGAGCCGACCCUGGAGCGAUGAGACAAGAUGCUGCUUCUCCCUCUACGUCCACUUCUGAUGGCCAACGAACACCCGCGAUUGAGCGGAGGGUGACUGAACUUCCCGCUUUCAGGCCAAUGCCGGGAUCUGUUUCGAGACCUACCGAUGGCGUGUUUGCAAAUUUGUCUGCGAAGCCUGAACGGGGUGAACAACUCGACGAAAAGCCUCCUACUUACGAACAAGCUGCCGCCGAUGCUACUCCUCCCUAUUGGGAAACCACCAUUCUCGCCCCGGGCAUGUCAUCCGAUGAAGUUUAUGUCGAUGGCCUUCCCGUUGGCUCAGUCUUUUCCUUUGUUUGGAACGGCAUGAUAUCCAUGUCAUUCCAACUCGUUGGUUUUCUCCUUACCUACCUUCUUCACACGACACACGCAGCAAAACAUGGCAGUCGAGCUGGAUUGGGCCUGACUCUUGUUCAGUACGGCUUCUAUAUGAGUGGAUCGGGCGAUGGAACCCAAGAUACUGGGAACCCGAGUCAAUUUUCGAAUUCGUCCCCACCGGACCCCAAUAGCCACAGUUUCGACCCCAAUGCCGUUGAUGGUUCCGGCGAUCAAUCUCAGGGAAGUAAGGGGAUUAGUGGAUUUACGAGCGCCGAUUGGAUUUCUUAUGUUUUGAUGAUUAUUGGUUGGUUUAUUCUCAUCAGAGCAGUUUCCGACUUUUUGCGCGCCAGGCGGCAUGAGGCUCUGGUUUUGCAGAGUCCCAGUCGCGGUCUUCCUGUGCCAGUGGUCGCGGAAGGGGAGACUCCUGAGCAGACGGCAUAG